AGUCAAUCUCCCCCGCGGUCCAUGAUCUAUGGGGACUGAACGCCCGCUGUUUGCUUCACUCCCCGCCGCCGCAAUCCCGCACAAAACCCUCGCCGCCGCAAAAAGCCCUCGCUGUCGCGGUGGGAGAUCCUCCGCUGUCGCCAUGCCUCUCUAGAGGGAAGCGAUGGACGCCCUCGGCUAGUUCAUAGCCAGUCAGCAUGCGAGUCGGAUUCGGCGCACAGAAAUCACAUAGUCCCGCCGGAGAGGAGGAAGUCGAGUAGUCGACAUGUCUAAGCGGCAGUACAUGCUCCAGCCAUGUUGCCACACGGCCAAGCGGCGGCCGCAUGAACCGCGACAGCAUGUCUAUCUCGUGGUCGAUGACUGGGAAAGGGGAUACAGCGUCCGCAAGGUAGACGUCGACGUCUUCGACUCUUACGCCGGCGCCGACCUGGAUGAGCAGGCUGAGCCCCUCCCAGAUCCCCCCGUUGUGCGCUUUGACGGCCCUCACUGCCGUUUGCAUCAUUUCGGCGGGCAUGGCACCAACAUACUGGCCAUGCCGGUCUCGAGCACCGCUGACAGCUCGUUCCCUGUAUUCGACACAAAAACGCUGGGACUCAGCCUCUGCGCACACCCCAACGGCGAGAAGGUAUGGCGCAAGCCUGUCUUCGCAUCUGUUGCCGGCAAGCUUUACAUGAUGGUGGGAUCCUGCGUAUGUGUGCUUGAUGCCCCGCCAUGCCGCGACAUCAUUGACGAACACACACAGUGGUCUUGGACCAUAUGCUCAGCCUUGGCUCCGCUGCAGUCUGCUCACAUCGUGUCCUACGCGGUGCACCCUGACGGCCGGUCACUCUUCGUCUCUGAAGUGGCAAGCACCUUCUGCUUGGACACUGGGAACCUCGGCUGGACAUGCCAAGGCAAAUGGGUCAUGCCAUUCAAAGGCCAAGCCUACUUUGACGGCGAGCUUGAUGCUUGGGUAGGAUUCUGCCGUCACAAAGGCGGCGUUGGCUACGUCUGCUCCUGCGAUGUUCCGCCUGUUGCCACGGCUGCCAAAUGCGGUAGCAUGCCAGCUUGGAAGCUCGGAAAGGACCAGCUCUUCUCUGCAGACAAUGAGAGGCACCUAGGUGCCACCCUUCUCCAUCUGGGGAACAGCGACUACUGCCUAAUUGAGUCUCUCGUGCACAAGGAUGAUCAGCCUUUCGAACUCUGUCAUGGGCCACGCCGCCGUGUGUUGUACAUGACAAGGUUUGUUCUCAAGUAUGAUAAAAAUGGAGACCUCCGGACAACACGGCUAAGAGUGCACUCCUACGACAUGACUGAAGCGCAUAUAUUUAAUGACAUCUGUUCUACUCCUGUGGCAUUCUGGAUGUAGCCAACUUUUUUAUGAGCCCCCCCUCGGUGUAUUUUUAAGUCAAGUUUGAAACAUUCCUCAGUUCGAAGCUUUCAGAUUCCAAUUGCGACUGAAUGCUAUAGUUUCUGUUGUAAGUUCAAAUCAUGAGUUGAAAGUUUCAUUUGCUA